GGGGCAGUGACGCGCACGGCAGCACGUGUCCCCCCAUUGGCAGCCUUGUCCUGGUGACAUUGGGGAUGGCUGGGCGGGCUGUGCUGCGGGUACAGGUGGUCCUGAGCAGGUGUAAUACCCGGGGCAAUAGUGGCUCGGCUGCUGGCUACUGUUUGGACCUGGUCAGGUAAGCACACAGGGUUUGGCUCCAAUCUGUAAGUCAACUAAGUGUCUGAUUUCAUGUAAAAUGUGAAUAUCCCUUUAACCCCUUAAGGACUUAACUUCUGGAAUAAAAGGGAAUCAUGACAUGUGUCCUUAGGGGGUUAAAGACUUUUUUUUUUUUUUUUUGUGCAAACUUUCUUCAUUGCAGAGUUUGUUUAAAGGAACGCUGUAUAUAGUGUUAGGGAUACAAAUCUGGACUUUCUUAUAAGCGAUUAAACGUCAAUUAGCGGAGAAGACGUAAAUACGUAUAAAGUAAACACACUGUGCUGUCACGUCUGAUUGAAAAAUUAAACCUUUUGGGUUUUUUUUCAUGCAGGCUGUGUCAGUUACAUUCAGGUGAGAUGUGGCGAAAGGCUGCAUAAACAGAAACAAAAGUGCUUUAAUGCCACAAGGACAGCGGUGAUUGUCCAAGUUCUGAACCAAAACAAAACCUAGUAUUUCCUCUAUCGGUUUGUCCCAAUGUAAUUUAAGUGCCCCUAUACAUAUUAUAUAUAUAUAUAUUUUUUUUUUUUAAAUAUCCAAAUGUAUAAGUAACACAACAUUAUGUGUGAAUACAGUUUAAAAACAAAAAGGGGGGAGAAUGAAUUUUUCACCUUUGUGCUCAUAAUAUUUUUUACACAUCCAAUGCUACUAAAGUAAAAGAACUCAACAUAGAUACACAUGUCACUCCCCUUUGUUAAGUCUAGGAUUUAAAUACAUUUUUGGUAGUUAAUGCUAUGUUGACUCUCUUUCCCACAAAACUAUACUUCCAAUACCCCUUACAUUAUGCUUGCACUACCUUUAAUUCUACACUAGUCCAAAUCCAACAUUGACCCUUACCUUACCCUACCACUAUCCCCCUAACCCAGAGGAAACUCUCAGAUAUCAGCCGAUGGUCUUCCUAGUUAAAACAGUAGGUGUUAUGUUGCCACCAUCUACUGGCUUUUUUCAGUAUUACAGGAAAAAGCAAUGUUUUUUGUUUUGUUUGUUUUUUUUACAUAAGAUUUUCCUGUAAUAGUGAAUGAAGCAUGCUUUUCCAGGCAAUUACCCCGUCAUCAGUGCUGGGCACAUGGCAAAGCCCAACACCGAUCACAAUCAGCAUGGGGACAUGCAGGUAGACCCUCAAGGUUUCCAUUUUUGCAGUCUGAAAAUCACUGUGGCUAAGCAAGAUUACUCAGCUGCCUGUUUUGAAUGGAUUUAAAGGGCUGUAUGCAGCUCAUCGUCAAGCUGGGACUUUAAAAAUAUCCUAACAUUGGGAAGGGGUUAACUCCUAAAUGGCAGAUAAUUUAUCAGUGAGACUGUAGGGGGAUGGUGUAUACAGCAAAGCUACUUCAUAAAACUAAAGUUGGUUUGGUGCUCAGAGUAUCCCUUACAGCCACGAUUUCUUUAGUGCUUGAGGUUAAGGAGCAUGAUUUGGAAAUUUCGAUAUUCUGCAGUAUUCCUAUUGUGCAAUUCAGUCACUACAUUUCAAUCUGCCAUUUUUGUGUGUGUUACAAAUACAGUAAAUUAUAAAUAAUUUCAAAUUGAUUUCAUUAAUGAAUUGUUUCAAUUUUGUAGGAAACGUGACUAUGAAGGAUUCCUGUGUACGCUGCUGCUGCCUCCGGGGUCUCAGACUUCUGCUUUUGCAUUGCGGGCAUUGAAUGUGGAAUUGUCCCAGGUGUGUAUUCUGUUGACCUCAAGAAGUGCUGUCUUCAAUAUAAAUUGCAAAACUUCUAAGGCGAAUGGGCGGUUUCUGUUCCAUUGUCUAUGGACACUUAUUGUUGAUGCGGGGAAUUAUGUUGCUCAUGUGUCACCAUAUAUUCAAAUCUAUGUAUGUGUAAAUAUUAUGGCUGCAUUAUGUGUUGGGCUGAUUGUUAUAUUCAUGGCACCCCCUGCUGAGACUCACAAAGCCUCCCACACACUUCUUUAAAACAGUCUCUCUUUUUUUCCCCUUUUAUCUUUUUUGCAAAGUAUGUUUAAUUUAGAAUUCCUUAUCUACGAUUUUAUUAAUAGCCUGCUAGAUAAUCCCAUAUAGGAUUAAAGUUUAAUUAUCAGUUUAGGAAAACAUUACUUUUACUGUGAUGUAAGAUCUUUUGAAAUGAAACCCUUUUUUGUUCAUGCAGACUAUGCAAGUAACAUAUAGGAGAUGCGUGGCUAGGGCUAUAGAAAGAAAAGUGUUUUAACUCCUUCAUUUGAUAAUUCAGUAGUGAGACUGCAGGGGCAUGACCUAUACUGCUUUAUUAAACUAAGGUUGUUUUGGUGCCUGAGUAACUGACCCCUUAACACCAUAAAAUAAUGUAAUGCUGCUAUGAUGAAUACAUAGCCUUGUUAUUCACUUGCUUCCUGAUAUAAAGCAUGCCUUGUGGUUUGGAAUAUAGCCCCUGGCUUAAAAUCUGACUGAACUGUUUCCUUCUGUAGGUGAAAGACUCUGUGUCUCAGAGAAACCUCGGUUUGAUGAGGAUGCAGUUUUGGAGGGAUGCUGUCCAAGAAAUAUACAGUGGGAACACCCCUCAUCACCCUGUUGCGCUAGAACUGUCAAAAGUAAUUUUAUUUUAAUUGUAUGAAUUGAGCAUUCUAUCUGUUAUUUAAAAGUAACUGAAAGAACUGUGGAAAAUAAGUUGUUGACUUAAAAUCAGCAUUCACCAGCACCUGUAUGUAGGGUCGAAGGUUAUGUACAGUGAGGGGAAAAAAGUAUUUGAUCCCCUGCUGAUUUUGAAUGUUUGCCCACUGACAAAGAAAUGAUCAGUCUAUAAUUUUAAUGGUAGGUGUAUUUUAACAGUGAGAGACAGAAUAAAAAAAAAACAAAUAUCCAGAAAAACGCAUGCAAAAAAAGCUAUAAAUUGAUUUGCAUGUCAAUGAGUAAAGUAAGUAUUUGAUCCCCUAUCAAUCAGCAAGAUUUCUGGCUCCCAGGUGUCUUCUAUUUAGGUAACAAACUGAGAUUAGGAGCCAGGGCCGCCAUCAGGGGGUGACAACCAUAACGGUUGUCACGGGCCCGGCGGCCUUGGGGGGCCCACGUGCACGCUGAUGGGGCCCACCGGGUGGCCCACGCACUUAGGGCCACCCGAUGGGCCCCAUAUCUUCAGGGGCCCGGUCAGCGCUGUGGCCGUGGUAUAGCGCGACUGGGCCCCUUUUAAAAAAAAAAAAAAAAUGCAGCUGCAGCGCAAGUUUUGCUGGGAGGAAGUGGUCACUUCCUCCCAGCUCACUCCGCGCGGGAGGAGCGUGCGCCCGGCAAUGAAGAGGGAGAGCCAGCCGACUCCCAGUCCCAUCAGCCCCAGCCACCCUCCUGUUUCUUACCUUGUCUUUGCAGGAGGGUGGCUGGAAAAUGAGCUGUGAAUGUAUGUCUAUGUCUGUCUGUGUGUAUGUAUGUCUGUAUCACAUUAUGGAUGUCAGUGUCUGUAUGAAUGUAUGUCUGUAUGUCAUUAUGAAUGUGUGUAUGUAUGGAUGUCAGUGUCUGUAUAAAUGUAUGCAUGUCAUUAUGUGUGUAUGUAUGUCUGCAUGUCAUUAUGAAUGUAUCUGUAUGUCCUUUUGCAUGUGUGUCUGUAUGUAUGUUAGUAUGUGUCUGUCACUAUGUACGCCUGUGUGUCUGUAUAUGUGUGUAUGUCUCAAUAUGUGUGUGUCAGUAUGUAUGCCUACAUGCGUAUCAGUAUGUGUGUCUGUAUGUAUGUAUGUUAGUAUGUGUCUGUCACUAUGUACGUCUGUAUGUGUGUAUGUCUCAGUAUGUGUGUGUCAGUAUGUAUGCCUAUAUGCGUAUCAGUAUGUGUGUCUGUUAGUAUGUAUCAGUGUGUGUGUGUGUAUCUGUGUCCUUUUGUAUCAGUGAAUGUGUUUGUGUCUGUGUGUGUGUAUUCCUGUGGGCGGGAUUUGGAGGCGGUCUCCGUGGGCGGUUUUGGAGGCGGGCCCCCAGGGGCCCAUACCCUGAGCUCAGUUAGGGGCCCCAAAAUUUCUGGUGGCGUCCCUGUUAGGAGCACUCUCUUAACCCCUUAAGGACACAUGACAUGUAUGACAUGUCAUGAUUCCCUUUUAUUCCAGAAAUUUGGUCCUUAAGGGGUUAAAGGGAGUGCUCCUAAUCUCAGCUCGUUACCUGUAUAAAAUACACAUGUCCACAGAAGCAAUCAAUUAGAUUCCAAACUCUCCACUAUGCCAAGACCAAAGAGCUGUCCAAGGAUGUCGGGGACAAGGUUGGAAUGGGUUACAAGACCAUCGACAAGCAGCUUGGUGAGGUGACAACAGUUGGUGCGAUUAUUUGCAAACGGAAGAAAUACAAAAAAACAGUCAGGCUCCCUCGGUCUUGUGCCCAAUGCAAGAUCUCACCUUGUGGAGUUUCAAUGAUCAUGAGAAUGGUGAGGAAUCAGCCCAGAACUACGCAGGAGGAUCUUGUUAAUGAUCUCAAGGCAGCUGGGACCAUAGUCACCAAGAAAACAAUUGGUAACACACUACACCGGGAAGGACUCAAGAAAGCACAUGAACAGGCUCGUCUGAAGUUUGCCAAUGAACAUCUGAAUGAUUCAGAGAAGAACUGGGUGAAAGUGUUGUGGUCAGAUGAGACCAAAAUUGAGCUCUUUGGCAUCCACUCAACUCACAGUGUUUGGAGGAGGAGGAAUGCUGCCCAUGACCCCAAGAACACCAUCCCCACCAUCAAACUUGGAGGUGGAAUGCCCUCAGCCAGGGCAUUGAAAAUGGGUCAUGGAUGGGUAUUCCAGCAUGACAAUGACCCAAAACACACAGCCAAGGCAACAAAGGAGUGGCUCAAGAAGAAGCACAUUAAUGCUUCUAUAGAGACCGAGCCUUAUUUUAUAGUUAGGAUAGCCUUAUGCCUAUCCCACACAUGCUUAAACUCCUUUACUGUGUUAACCUCUACCACUUCAGCUGGAAGGCUAUUCCAUGCAUCCACUACCCUCUCAGUAAAGUAAUACUUCCUGAUAUUAUUUUUAAACCUUUGUCCCUCUAAUUUAAGACUAUGUCCUCUUGUUGUGGUAGUUUUUCAUCUUUUAAAUAUAGUCUCCUUCUUUACUGUGUUGAUUCCCUCUAUCAUAUCCCCCCUGUCUCGUCUUUCCUCCAAGCUAUACAUGUUAAGAUCCUUUAACCUUUCCUGGUAAGUUUUAUCCCGCAAUCCAUGAACCAGUUUAGUAGCACUUCUCUGAACCCUCUCUAAGGUAUCAAUAUCCUUCUGAAGAUACAGUCUCCAGUACUGUGUACAAUACUCCAAGUGAGGUCUCACCAAUGUUCUGUACAAUGGCAUGAGCACUUCCCUCUUUCUACUGCUAAUACCUCUCCCUAUACAACCAAGUAUUCUGCCAGCAUUUCUGCUGCUUUAUUACAUUGUCUGCCUACCUUUAAGUCAUCAGAAAUAAUCACCCCUAAAUCCCUUUCCUCAGAUGUUGAGGUUAGGACUCUAUCAAAUAUUCUGUACUCUGCCCUUGGGUUUUUUACGUCCAAGAUGCAUUACAAGAAACAUCUGACCACUGUGAUUGCCAACAAAAGUUUUGCCACCAAGUACUAAGUCAAAGGAGUCAAAUACUCAUUGACAUGCAAAUCAAUUUAUAACUCUUUUUUGACGUGCGUUUUUCUGUCUCUCACUGUUAAAAUACACAUACCAUUAAAAUUAUAGACUGAUCAUUUCUUUGUUAGAGGGCAAACGUUCAACAUCAGCAGGGGAUCACAUACUUUUUUCCUCUCACUGUAGCAUCAUGUAACCGACCUAUUCACAGUACAGGAAAACCUUCCAUGAUCUGACAGAGACAUCUGUGUGAUAGCGAACACAGCAUUCACCAAUCGCCAUAUACACUGCUUAAAGAGAAACUGCCACUUUGGAAGUUAUGGUCUGUGCUGUUAGCAUUUUAUUUAGAUAUUUUAGUAAAAAUAAAACACAUUUGUAAGUGUGAUGCAUGGCAUCAUGGGAAAUAUAUUCACAGUGGCACACCUGCAGUAUUAUGGAAAGAUGACCACACCUAGAAGUACAGUGGAUGCAAGUGUGUGUUCUUGCUGUACACCUCACCCCAGUAUGCGAGGUCUUCUGGAAUCCUAUAAAAUUGAACUGUUGUCCACAUAAAGGUUUUUAAUUAUGAAGAUAUUGUUGCAAAUACCGGGAAAGAUGGCAGGACAUAAGAUUUAUUGGGGCUUUUUACUUGCAGAAUGUUUUUACAUGACCAAUGAUAAUAUGUACAAUCUGGUGUCUACUUUAUAAUGCUUGGGAUGUGUAGAACAGCCUGAAAAUGGGAAGAGAAGAUGGGUCGCUUGGUUCCUCCCUGUAACUAUUCAGGUAAUUAGGCUACUAGCCAGUUUCCAAGUGUUUGUUUCUAAUAUUCAUAUUCUCACAAUAGUUUCUGAAAUGAAUUGAAAAAUAGCUUUAAAAAUGUUCUGAAAAUAUUCCAGAGGUAUUCCAUUGAGUGGGACUAUAAUAUAAGACCUAAUUUCCUUCUCACUGGGUCUAGACCCCCAGGUUCUUCCUUUAAGUGAGAUACAUCUUGUUAAUGGGCUGGGUUAUGCCCUCAACACAAGGUCAGGAACAUAUAAACUGAUUUUUAUGAUGAAAUUUAGGCACUGUCUAUAUACCUCAAAAAAAUAUAUUUAUAUAGAGACCGAACUUCACAUAGCCUGCUAUGCUCAGAUCCAGAACUGUUGGAGCAUCAGAUCUCAUUUCUGUUUUCUACUCUUCAACAGUGUGGACUCCCAGCCCUGACAUUUAUUGCAGAAUGAGAAAUGGCACUGCACCACACUGGCACAAGGUUUGUGACCUGACUCACCACUGCUACCUGGCAAGUAAAGUACAGGAAGUGGUGUGUAUAUAAUUAUAUGCCUCUGGUAAGAAGAAAAAGAAAAAAACACCACUCACUGCCCAGCCCGUAGACCUGAUUAAUGAUAUCCUGUGACAUUUAUUCACCUUUGGUUGUAAAGCCCACUUACAAUCAUAUUCUGAAAGAAAACACAUGGCAUGAUUGUUUGAUUGUUUUUUUUUUUUUAACAAUACAACGUCAUUCCCAUCUGCCCUGCUUUUGCCGCACCACGUGACUUUAGCCAGUUCUGCAUACAGAUAACCCUAAUAGUUAAUUCAGCUCUUAAAUAUAGCUUAGUAUGUAGAGCCACUAGUCUGGAAACAAUGCACCUAUCUCACAUGGACACUGGGGUUCACCAAGAUGGAAGAGCUAUGAUCGGUGUAGGAAGCGCUACCUUUUAACUCAUUAGGGAGAAUCCAGAUCAAUGCUGCCAUAUAGACAUGAUAUUUAUUGAUUUCACUAGAGGUCACAUUUUCAGUGGUUAUUCAUCUAAUCCAACAACAAAACAUUAUAGAAAUCAUAUUCAUUAAAAAAAUACUACUUUUGUUAAUAUAAUUGGAAAUGUCAGUGAUGUUUGGAAAGGUACAUUUUGUGUACUGAUCUUCAUCCAAAGGUGUACCUGAUGUUUUUGGUUAAUGUAGCUGAAAAUUCUUUUUUUUUUUUUUAAAACUGGUAUGCACACACAGAUGUUUGUAGCCACAAUGGUGUGUGUCUGGGACUGGGGGAAAAAAAUCAAAUUACCAUAAUUUGUGGCAGAAAUAAAAACUACCUCUAAACUGUUGAAUACUAUGUGUGUACAACUUGGAAUCCAAAUGGCAACAUUUUAUGCCAAAACAAAGAGUUAAGAAGACCGUUACAAUUAAGUCUUACCUGUGCAGCUAAUAAUUUUUCUGUUAAUUUUUCCAAUCACUACUCUUCACCAUUUAGUGAAUAAACCCUUAUGUUUUAUGCACCUUACUGUUUCUGAGAUCACCGUUUACUCUUGAUUGUGUUUAUUUUAAGGCUGUCCAGAAGCACAAGCUGACGAAGAGAUGGCUGACCAGGAUUGUAGAUGAAAGAGUGAGUAUGCAUCGUUGUUUCUUCUCCAAUUAUUACUUAAAGUAAGCAUGUCAAACUCAAAGGCUAACACAGGCCAAAUAAACAAGGUUUAAGUUUAUAUGCGCUGGAAAAAAAAAAACUUCAGUUUUUGUAGAAUCGUAGGUUUAUUUAGAAAAGUACAGUAUAAAAAAAAAAAGUUGCCUAACUGACACUGGACGUCCUCACUCUCGUAGGGUUUCAAAGUAAGCAAAAGAACAAAUGUAUUUUAAGGAGACGUGCAUUUGCAUAUAACCAAUGUUUCAAUCCAACUAACUUCACAUAGUAAGAAAAGUUUGGUAAUGGGACUGACGGUGAAUGUAUGCUGUUACACAGCUGUAAAAAACAAAUUACUUUUUCUUGUGGAUUUUUAAGUCCUAUGAGGGUGUUCUUCACUUUGGCUGAGAUCAUCAAACUUGAUGAUCUCAGUCAAUCCUAUGCUUUCCCAUAUUAUUAUUACUGGUAUUUAUAUAGCGCCCAGCAUAUUCCGUAGCGCUUUACAAUAUUAUCAAAGGAGGAGACUUAACAAUAAAUGAGAAAAUUACAAAAACUUACAGGAACAAUAGGUUGAAGAGGGCCCUGAUCAAACGCGAUUACAGUCUAUAGGAUAGAAAAGCAUUGGGAGGCUAUUGUGCAUGUGUGGGGAAAAAAGCUGCGCUGCCAAUCAUCAUCUCCAUGGGGAGCGUUCAGCGCCCCCAUGCAGGCCCAAUCUAAUACACGGCCCACUCCCUCCCCCAAUUUAAUACACAGCCCCCUACCUGCCUCAAAUGAAUACACUUUCCCCCCCUGCCCAAAUAUAGCACAUUACACAGGAAGGUCCCCCAAAUCCCUCUUCCCCUACCUUAAGAUAAGCUGCCAGUCCUCCAGUUCCAGCCCUGCUUUUCUCUGCUCAAGCAGGCCAGACGCUCCUCUAGCACUGCAAGCAGGAGGGAAGGGGGAGUGACUGGUCUGCGGGAGCUCGCGAUCGGCCAUGGGAAGGAAGACAAGAAUCAGACAAAACAAAGUGGGCCCCAGGGCAGGUGGACCACAAAUGUAUCCAUUGUGGGCCACAGGUUUGACAUGCUUGCCUCAAUGGAUUAUUCCAACCACCAUAACCACUAAAGCCUGCUGACCCCAUGCUUGGAUUGGCUCUCUUAAAAUACAUUGCAGACACCAUAACCACUUUUGCCACUUAAAUUGGUUAAGCUAUUGGGAUUCUGUCCUUGCAGUCUUACGAUGCAUUUUUAUUUUUCAUUAUGGCAAUAAAGGGAUUUUAAGCGUACCUCAUUGUUGGGUUUGCGUGACUUGUCAGACAGAGAGCUAGGAAUUAUCCUUCCUGGCUCACAGCACACAAUGUAUGCUUCCCACAUCCAAAUAGAACACUAUCUUUCUUUAAAAUUGGUGUUUCAUGGAGCCUGUACAGGUUCUCAACAAAGUUUCAGUGACAUUUCCCUCUUGGGACUUGCAGUCACUCACUUUUGUGGAUAUUACUAAGUGUAUUGAGAGCCUGCAAUAAUAAUACACAGCUCUCUGAAUGACAGGGCUUGGUGUUGGUGGCUACAGCGUCCCUUCAAAUGUCUGUAGUUCUUUUUUUAUUUUAUUUUUUCAUAUAUUGUGAUACUUGAAUUAUACUAUAGUAUACAAUUUGUAUUUUAUUUUUUCAUAUAUUGUGAUACUUGGAUUAUACUAUAGUAUACAAUUUUUGUAUUUUAUUUUUUUGAUUGUAAAUGUAUUUUUAGCCCAAAUUAUUUGCAGAGUACACACUGCCAGUUUCAUUAUUUUGCUACAGUUUGCUAGAGUAGCUACAUUUUAUGUCCGCAUGACAUAGUGGACUAACGGAGCAUAUAGUUGGACACCUUUGGGCACAAAAUAUGUAUGCCUCCUUCUUUAUUUUCUUCUUUUUUCCCGUACCUUGAAAAGAUCCACUUUGCAAUUCCAACAUUUUGCCAAAUCUUUCAUUUUAGCAUUGUAUAAGAAUGAUUAUAUUAUAUGUUAUGUUUAAAAAGAAAAAUAGUUUAACUCCAGCCUCCAGUGCCACUGUUAAUGUGAUAAUAGUGCCACCUGCUGGCCACUAUGCUGCAAAUCACACCAAUUUUGUGCUGAUGAAGUGUGUGUCCUCAUAGGGUAUCAUGGUUAUACAGUAAACUGAUUAUCAGGAGUUCAUCAGAGCAUUGUAUAUUUUAGAAGAACACUUAAACAAAGUUUAAAUAGCUUAUCUAUUGUUCUAAUUAUUUGGACAAUUCACAAUUUAGGGAAUGUAUGGCCUGUUUGUAUGCAAAACUAAAUUAUCUCUCUACAGCACUCCCUAUUUAGCCUUUUGUAACUGUUUACAUUGUUUUUAAUUAUAUGAAUUUGUUGGAGAAUUGUAUUUGUUUUGUUUUUCUGGUCUGGUCUAUUUUCUCUAUUGGCACUUGUGACCCAGAUAUUUCCCCUUUGUCUCAUUUCAUGUUACCAAUCCCUAGAUUUCAGUCUUCCUUUCCUGUUUGUCUCUUCACAUUAUACCAUUACCCCCUCAUACUUUGCUCUCUUAGAGUUAGCUAUGUCUUGAUUGGGGCAAUGCUUUGCAGGGCAAAUAGAAGAUCUCAAACCGCAAACGUUUCCCUAUUGGAUCAGUGUAGAUUAAUUGAUAGUUACCAAAUAUUCAGAUGGUUUGCUGAAUUGCUGUUUGUACUGAUUGUAUUUUAUUGAUACUUUCCAAUUACAGUCAUGUAUGUUUCAUACCAAGUAAACAAUUAAAAACAUUUUUGGUUUGUUUCUAGGAAAAUAAUCUGGAUAAUAGGGCUUAUGGAAGCCUGAAAGAUUUAGAAACGUAUGCAGAGAACACACAGAGUUCCCUACUGUACCUUAUCUUGGAAACACUUGGUAGGUAAACAUAUCCUCUGUGUAAAGCACAGAACGGUAUUUGUAUUUAACUCCUUAAUGACCAAAUAUUACACUUUGCUGUCAUCACAGUCUGUUUGUGUGUGCUACGGCAAUUUAAUACCCACGUCCUGCAAGAAAUCAAGGUGGCAGCACAGGACAGAAGAUAUUUGGUUAAUAACUCCUAAAGCAAUGACAUCUAUAAUUUAUCACUAUGAUAACUUGUAUAUUAAUUGCUUAACCCCCUUAAAGAGUAACUGUCAUUUUCUUAAUUUCUUCAUUGGAACUCUGUAGGUAUAUGUUGUUCCCUAAGUUUCUCUUUAAGCUGACCCCAACAAUUCCCUACCUAGUUUCACUUCUUUCUUCACCAGACCAUGCCCUUUAAAGAGAUAUCUCCCCUAAUCAAAAGAAGCAGAAGACGGUUGUAUAGUAAAUCUGUGUACCAAAAUACCUAAAUGUAGUUUCAGAAAUUGAAAUGGAAAAACUAAAACUUUUUGAAGCUACUCGAGCAAUUGUUCAUGCAAAGUCAUGAGCCGAAAAGAAGACGAGAGAACGGAUAAGAGGCGACUGAGGGAAGAGUACAGAGUAAGAAAAAUAAGAUAAUGAUGGGAGAGGCCUAGCGUUCGACCUAGUGCUGGCUCAAGGGACAUGCAUCAGUUGACACUUUAUAAAAUAAAUAAAUAAAAACUAGUAAGCAAAUCCUUCAAAAAAAGUUAUUAUGGAGCACGUGAAACCUAGCCGAGGCCUUCAAAUUGCAUAAUAAUUAUUGUAUCUAUGAUACAGUGAGACAGUUCCUCCAUGUAUCCUAUGUGCUCCUUGCGCAACUGUCCUCUUGCACAGGGCAGCAUACGGUGCAUGCUUGAGCAAGGAUUUCUUGUAAGUGUAAAUCAGAAGUCGCUUCCAACAAAACUUUAAUAGGUCAGUGAUUUAUCAUUCUGGGAAACAAGAGCCUAGCAACGCCAUUGUGAAAGAAAAUACAAUAAUCUGCACAAUAUUAAACAUUUGAGGUCAAGUCAUGUGUAGAAGGUUGCCUCCGUUUAAAGUUGGUGUAUUAACCAUGCUGGGGAUGCAAAACAGGAACUUUAUGAGAUAAUUAAUGAAUUACAUUGACCUUGAGAAUGUAACAAACCGCAUCUUUCUGACCAAACUGUAAACUCCAACUCACAAACCUGUAUACUCAUGGGUGUCUCCUUGGCUGUAAAGGAGGUAGGUACUGGCAAGAAAUCUAGUGCACUAGGGCAUCCGGAAGGUAAGCUAUAAAUUACUUUCCUGGCCAUAUCCAUGGCAGCACAACAAUGGGUAGCUCCUCCCUAUCCCUAACCAGACAGGAACCUAAUUAAAACAGAAGGUAUAAGUAACCCCUCCUACCCCUCCCACCCUCAGUCUUUUUGUUCCUGUCCUAUCCCUAGGACAGAUUUAGUCAUUCUAAGACUAGAUAAUUUUUUCUUUUUGGCUUACCUGAGGGUUGUUACCUUCUCCCUCAAGGGAGUUCAGCCUCUCUCCCUUGGGCAGUCUCCAGUACACGGCCCUGUGCAAAGUUGACCCCCUGGAGAGACCCCUUUAGUGACCGGGGGUUCUAACUUGCUGUGACCCUAGGGGUAGCAAGAUCAUGCCAUCACCAUGAUUCCUGCAGUGACCAAGAGGUAGCAGGCUGGGCAUGCACAUACAGAGCAGAUGGAUUUACUUGCGGUGACCCUAGGGGUAGCAAGAUUAUGCCAUCACCAUGAUUCCUGCAGUGACCAAGAGGUAGCAGGCCGGACAUGCACAUACAGAGCAUGUGGAUUGCAAGGAUUAAUAUGACAUUGACUAACAUUCCAUUGCUGAAGGAGUUAAUGUGAGACAGACUAGCAUUCCAUCGCUGAAAGGGUUAAAGUACAACUUACUAUCUUUUUCUUUGCCAUGGAUUUACUUGCUGUGAACCUAGGGGUAGCAAGAUUAUGCCAUCAGCCUAUUUCCUGCAGUGACCAACGAGUAGCAGGCCGGACAUGCACACGGAUUGCAAAGAUUCUAUGAGAUUAACAUUUCAUCACUAAAAGAGUUAAUGUGAGAUGGACUAGCAUUCCAUCACUGAAAGGCUUAAAGUACAACUCACUAUCUUGUACUUUCCCAUGGAUUUACUUGCUGUGACCCUAAUGGUAGCAAGAUUUUGUCAUCAGCCUAUUUCCUGCAGUGACCAAGGAGUAGCAGGCUGGGCAGGCACAUACAGAGCAAAUAUAUGGAUAUAACCCCUUCUACCCUUCAUUGGUUUCAUCUAAAUGGUAAGAGAUUCCUGCUAAUCUGAAUUUCUAUCAAACGUAUUCCUAGGCUUCUGUGUCUUAUUCCAAGGCCUCUGUGUCUUUUAAUAUAUCCACUGGGUUACUUAUUCCUAGGCCUCUGCUAGGCCUUUUAAUAUAGCAGUUGGAUUCAUUUAUUCCUAGGCCUCUGUUGGGCCUUUUAAUAUAAGCACUGGAGUCACUUAUUCCAAGACCUCUGUGUCUUUUAAUAUAGCCACUGGAUUACUUAUUCCUAGGCCUCUGCUAGGCCUUUUAAUAUAGCAGUUGGAUUCAUUUAUUCCUAGGCCUCUGUUGGGCCUUUUAAUAUAAGCACUGGAGUCACUUAUUCCAAGACCUCUGUGUCUUUUAAUAUAGCCACUGGAUUACUUAUUCCUAGGCCUCUGCUAGGCCUUUUAAAAUAGCAGUUGGAUUCAUUUAUUCCUAGGCCUCUGGGCCUUUUAAUAUAAGCACUGGAGUCACUUAUUCCAAGGCUUCUGUGUCUUUUAAUAUAUCCACUGGAUUACGUAUUCCUAGGCCUUUGCUGGGCCUUUUAAUAUAGCAGCUGCAUUAAUUUAUUCCUAGGCCACUGUCGGGCCUUUUAAUAUAGCCACUGGAGUCACUUAUUUCUAGACUUCUGUGUCUUUUAAUGUAUCCACUGGAUUAUUUAUCUCUAGGCCUAUGUUGGGCCUUUUAACUGGAGUCACUUACUCAUAGGCUCCUGUGUCUUACUCCUAAGCCUCUGUAUCUUUUAAUACAGCCAUAGGAAUCACAUUUUCCUAGGCAUUUGUUAUGCCUUUUAAUAUAGCAGCAAGCUUUUUCCUAGGCCUCUGUUGGGCCUUUUAUUUUAACCGCUGGAUUUACUUAUUCCUAGGCCUCUGUUAAACCUUUUAUGGCAGCUGUCUCACCUGAGUAUGGUGAGAUAGUUCAGUGGGCUAAUACUUCAUCAGAAGAAUCUUUUGUCACUUGGGGCUCACCAGUUCAAUUCUCUGCAGGUCUGACUCAGUCCUUAAUUGUAAAUAAAAUGUGUACACUUGGAAACCAGAAAAUAUCUGAAUGUCUCUUUCCUGGUUCAAGAUUUGCAAUAAUUGUUUCUAGUGCCUUUUAAUACAGCUGCUGGGUUCACUUAUUCUAUGUGCUUUUUAAUUUCAUUAUUAUAUGCCUCCAUGUUGGUUUUAUGUAUUUACUAAAUUUAUUAUCCUACUUCAAUGUCUCUGUACUUGGUAAUAGGCUAUUCGCUGUUCUGUUCCUCUAUCUCAGCCUUUCAACCUGUUUUAUUUUAAGUCCCUAAGUUUCCAUUCUUACUUUUGGGCCCAUUCAGGUUUUUUCCUCUGCGUUUAAUCACCCGCGAAUACGCAGGUGCUAGUCCAAUGGUCGCGCCAUGCCAUUACCGCGCAUGCGCGGAAAUCUGAUUCGCUCCUGCGUAUUCUAAAAUGUAAGCCCAGUUGCAGUGGUUGCAGGGUCAUAUUGGCUUCCCCUUUUCAGCACAAUGUUUUCUUAUAGGUUUUUCCUAUAUUAAGUAAUUAGAUUUGUGUGCAGUUUCCAUCUUAAUUUGAAUUCUUCUUUUUGGUUUUGGUAAGUUUUUCUUUAUCGAAGGUAUAUUACUUAUUUUUCUGUACCUAUCAAUCUCUACUUAUUUAGCAGAGAUUUUCUUUGUAAAGGAUAAAAAGAAAUCUUAUGCAGUUAUGGAUUCAAAUCCCUCUGCUCCCAGAAAAAAGGUCACACUCUAAGAGACAUAGGUAAGCCAUUCUAUUUUUUCUGUCAUUACUAAACAAAAGAGUGCCUAUCAAUAAUUGGAAUUCCCUAUAAUGAUAGCUCUACGGAAAGAAAAUAAUCCGGACCAUACAAGGGAAGUCACACUAAAGAAUUGUUUGUGAGGCAUAUGAUAAGAGAUCCUUGUAAAAGUAAAGUCUCUGCACAGACUGUCUGAAAGUGGCUACAGGCCCUUCUACCCAUGCCUUGUGUAUUACACAAUAUUAACAGGAGGUAUCUCAAGACGUCAUAGAAGCUGUUAAAGCUUGGAUCCUCUGGACAAUUCCCAGAAUGAAUACUCUUAGGAAUCCUGGGAGAUGGAUCCAUUCAGAGAUAUAAAAUCAUCGGAUGAGGCUAUUCAGCCUAUUUCAGUAGUCCAGAAUCCGCUCAUUUGAUUUCCAGAGUCCUUUUACCUCUAGCCUUUCUUUUCGGAUGUCAGAGGGUGCAGAGUAUCUUUUCCAGUUUCCGGUCCCCUUAAGAUCCUUAAUGGAGGAAUGGUUCUACACUGACAGAGGUUUUCAACACAAGGGAGUAUCUCAGUCUUCAUCCAUUGGACACUAGUACCUGGGACUCUGCUCCUAAGUAGUAGAUGCAGUCCUUAGACUGGCUAAAUGUUCCUCUCUGCCUGUAAACAAUGCGGGAUCUCUAUGAAACUCCACGGAGUAUACAUGGUUCUGCUCCUCUCUAAAGCCUAUGUGGCAGCUGGCACAGGCUUUCAUCUUGCUGUAAGGUUUUACCUCAAUCUCUAAGGAUCUAAUAUUGGUAUGGAUAAAUUGGAGGAGCAUAUCAGAGAUAAAUUUCCUUUGUCUCUUGACAAUUUACAAGUCAUUAACCGGGAAUAGUCUUCAGCUAAGAAGCCUACAUAGGUUGCAUUAUAUUAUAGCCAGAAAUAUGACUUUCUUUGUGUCUAUUAGCUGGGCUCUUUUGCUUAAUACCUGGUCCACGGAUGCAUCCUCCUAUAUUAAUGGAUCAACAGAACGGCAGAGGGCAAGAAAGCUUGUCUACUUCAAGACCUAAGGUUUGGGAGACCCUUUCGAUAUAAAGAUUCUCACUAACUUCCUUCUCAGACCAAGGUAUUUCACACCAUGAAGAGAGUGUGGUAGAUCUCAACCUUGAUGUAAGUGGUCAUUAUUCUACCAGAGGAAGAGAAAAGGUAAAAAGAGAUGCUUUGUAAAUCUCAUGGCUUCCCUUCAAUUAGAGGAAGCUAUUGUGAGAAUUUUUUUUUUAAAAGCAACUAGAACACAAAGAAUCUGUUUCUAACAGGUGUUGGAGAUCCAUUCUAAUUUACAGGAUUCUUGAACAUUCUUAUUUAUAAAGGUAGUAUUCUUAGUACAUUGGAUAAUGUCUAUAGAUUUUCAGGAUGCUUAUUGCCAUGUAUCCUUUGCCUCACAUCACUUUUAUUUUUACAUCUUCAUGAUGAAAGAUGAAUGUCUGCUGUAGUCACCUUGCUCCCUCCCAGUUCAGGGUAUAGCUGGAAAUACAGUUCGACAUGGUCCAAGGCACGGUACAGCUCUUUUAAGACUACCAUAUUACUCCAGCAGAGAGAGUUUUGAUCCAGGUCCUCCACCAUAGAUCUGAUAAGUUGUCACAAGGGCAGAGGUUAACUUACCUAUGGAAAUCCUUUGGACAGUGAUAACUAUGAAUACCAUCCACUGGGGUUGAGGAACCUUUCUCAAAAUUCUCAAUAUGUUCAGGAAAGGGACUCCUUUAACAUCCAACAUUUCUCUUCUGCAUAGGUUGCAAGAGCCAAUAUCAAUCAUCCUGACAGUUCCAUAUUAAUACCCAGUCCAUGGUUUCCACUUCUACUUAUCUUCUUCAGUGCCUCCAUGGGAUCUCCCACAAUAGUUCUUCCCUCUUCCAUCAGGUCCAGUGCUACUUUCCUCAUUUUGAAGGUUUCGAUAAUGUAGAAGGGCUUAAAUAUAAGAGGUUUUUGAACUACCAAGAAGGUUCUAAGUUCUUCAAUCCAGGACUUAUCUAGGAAUUGGCCACAUCACCUCAGAGAUAUGUCUCAGCACUCUCUGAUCUCUCUUUUCGUGAAAGGGCUUUAAUAUAGAAGUAUCUAAAUUUCUGUCGGUUGUAUUUAUAUGAUCCCACGGUUAUCUAUUGCUCUCCGUGGAAUUCUUUCCUGUUUUUUUUUUAGGGCUCUGAAAUUUUUACCCCUUUUAACCAUGAGAGUAUAUCUCUCCACAUUUGCUUAACAUUAAGUUAGCUAUAUCGUUGACAUUGGCAUGGACUGAAGGAUAUUAGAUCCUCAAGCACUAUUUUGCAUAGAAUGUAGAGUCCAUAAUAAAACUUUCUCCUCCUGUCCUAGAUAGAUGCCUUAAGAUCAAUUUUUAUAGAUCCGCUUUCUGGAUUUCUUCUGUUUAUCUUUACUAAUAGACCACAAAGAUCUUCAAGCCAACAGCAGAUGGAUAGUCUUGGCUGUUUUUUAGGCUACUAAACAGUACUUACAGUACUUAAAGAUAUGUUUGCUCUAGAGCCAUUUCUCCCUCUUGAGCAUCGGUGGCCAAGCUUCCCUGGAACUUGUAGGUAAAUGGCUGCUUAGUCUCCAAUCAAUUUGCAGACAUUUUUUUUUUUGUGUACAUUUGAGUUGGUCAAUUUGAUAAUGUGCCAUUAGUGGGCAAUCAGUUUUUCAUUUUGAAUGUCCUUAUGAGGUGUGUGUGUAUGUUGUCAAUUUGCAUUCAUAUUUAGGAAGUCUUACUUCUUUCCCUCCCUUGGUUAUUGCUUGGGUAUUACCCAUUGUUGUGCUGCCAUGGAUAUGGCCAGGAAAAAGGAAAAUGUAUUCCUACUUACCGUAAUUUUCUUUUCCUGGUCAUAGGCCAUGGCAGCACAAAGAUCCCGCCCUGGGAUAUUGCUGGAAACAAGACUGAGGGUGGGAGGGGUAGGAGGGGUUACUUAUACCUUCUGUUUUAAUUAGGUUCCUGUCUGGUUAGGGAUAGGGAGGAGCUACCCAUUGUUGUUCUGCCAUGGCCUAUGACCAGGAAAAGAAAAUUACGGUAAGUAGGAAUAAAUUUUCCUUUAUUCUUGACGCAGAGCCUUUGGGGGAGUGUUGUGUAGAUUGUUGAAGUACUGGAUGUGUGCAUCUGUCAAAGCUUGAACCACUUGGGAACGGAGAUGUGGGGAAUAUCCAUUGUCCCAAUAAAGUAAGUAACAUCUGCAGGCUGUUUGAUUGAGUGCCCCAUUGGUUGUCUCUGUGGACCUGCAAGGCUAUAUGAAAAGCCCCAUUCAUAUUGGUUAUUCCAAUCCCUCAGAGCAGAGAGGAUUUUAAAAAUAGAAUAAAAUUCAAUUUCUCUACUAAAAGCUGAUGCCAAUGGUUUGUAAUAGCAGCUAUGUUUACAAUCCCAUGCCAUUUUAGGCUAUUAGGAAGAAAUCCACAGUAGCUUUUUUUUUUUUAAUGUUUUAUGUAUUGGGAAUAAUUACUGUAACGACUCUUUCUUCAUAUUUCUGGAUUUAUAGAUUCUACACGUUCACUGUGCUUUUUUUCUUUUUGUCGCACAGAUGUAAGAGAUGUCCAUUCUGAUCAUGCAGCUAGCCACAUUGGCAAGGCGCAUGGCAUCAUCACCUGCUUGAGAGCGGUUCCUUAUCACAGCAGCAGGCGGCAGGUCUUCCUUCCUGUUGACAUAUGCAUGCUGGUAAGUAAAAAAUAAAUAAGUGAAUAAUAAAAUCCUAUUUGAUUCUGAUUCUAAAGGUUUCAUGUCCUUUCUACAAAAUAAUUAACACCGACAGAUUUUUGACUAUAGUUGAGACGAAACUGGUUCCGCUUUUGUUCAACUUAAUUGUCUGAAACAUAAAUUAGCGCUUUGGACAAGUUGUUACCAAGGUAACAUGUUUGGAUAUAGAGGUUUUGGAAAGCUUAGAAUGACAGCUUUAGGAAAUGGCUUUGAGAAUAAGUUCUUUUUUUUUUUUAAAAAUUUUUUUUAAUUUCUAUUUCUUUUUUUUUAAUAAAUGUAUCUAGAAAAACAAUCUCUAAUAAUAAUAAUAAUUCACAUUCAUAUCACUUGGAAAGACAGGCAAUGUACAUAGUUAGAAGUAGUAAUUCAUAGGCAUAACAAUGUGGUGCAACUUGGAGAAGGUUUGUUGGCUCAUUGAUCAAAAUAUAAAUUUUCCAGCAUCAAGCCUUAAUCAUGAUUAAGUCUUGACACCGAAACAUUGUAUUUAAAGAGAAACUAUAGUGCAAGAAAAACAAACUUGUUUUCCUGACACUAAAGCUUCAUCCUCCCUGGCAUUGUGUUAGGACCUGCAGCAUCAGGUGACUAAAAGUCUAGUAGCCACUAGAGGUUGAGUAAACCCUGAAAGGUAAUUAUUUAAGUUUUUUUUUUUUUUUUUUUUUUAAACUGCAUUAAUUACCUUUCCAGGGUUAGGGAUCUGGAACAUUGCAAUGAUCUGAAGUGGUCUGGGUGCAUAUUUUUAGCCUUGGAAAAAUUGUAGUGUCGCAAUUUGCCAACAAUUGGACAGCCAGGAAUUUGGCAACUGUCUGGUUAUUGUUGGUUUAUUAAAAACAGCACCAGUGAAUCACAGACAUUUAGUUUUUUUUCCCUAUCAAUUUGUCUGCCUAAACAGCUGUGAGUAUUUUGAUAAAACACAAAGGUCUAUUGUCUAAACAAUAUAUUGUGGUAAUCUGCAAUUCAGAUUACAAAAAAAAACAGGAUAAAAUAAUAAAAUGUUCCCAUAAUAAACACUUAAUUGUUCCUGUGAGUGUUUUCCAAUGAUCAUCACAAUUUGCUUCAAUUAGUUCCCCAUUAAUUUCUCGAAGAAAACACAUAAUGCAAGCCUUGUAGCGGACUCACACAGUACUCUAUGAUACGCUGAUAAUCACACUGCAGAGUGCUGCCUGGAUACUGCAAUGGCUUGGGAAUAAUCUUGCUCUUCCUGCAAACCAUAGUUUCACUACUUUCCGAUCAACCACAUUGUACAGUCUGGAUUACAUUAUUUAUUUGUUUUUGCAUAUUGGGGAAGGCUGAUGUGAGUUAAAUAUAAAGCGAGGUAGAGUUAACCCUGCAAUGUUCUCAGAAACUACAGUGUUUUACAUUGCAGGGUUAAACAGACAGGGGCACUGCACCCAGACCACUUCAAUAAGAUGGUGAGGUAUGGGUGCCGAUAGUGUCCCUUUAAUAUUAGCUGUGACCUGCUCGCAGAGUAGAGUUCACUCUGACCACUAGGACCGCCAUGGCUUCCCCACCGGACCACCAGGGAUUGUCUUGCACUGUCCCCCGUCCCAGGCAAAUGUAAGCAUGGAGGGGGAUAUGAAAAAAAUUAUAUAUUUAUUAAUUUGCCCUCCAACCCCCACAGAGACACACUAACUCCCCCCAUACCCACACUGGCCCCCUACACACUGCCCCAUUACACACACACACUCUGUACUCCCCACACACGCUGUACCCCAGGUAAGUUGUCAAACUGUUCUUAAACAGUUUGAUUACUUACUCUGGUAGGGCACUACUGGCACCAUAACCACUACAAAGUUCUCUAGUGGUUAUUGUGCCUGGAUUACUUCUUUAAAUAAUCUACCAGUGACCUCCCAAGAUUAGGUUCUGGAUCUGCACUUGAACAGAAAGCAUUUCUGCCGGACAGGGGCCCAGUAUAUGCCACUGCGCUGUACAUAUAUAUACAACCUAGAAAAUUGUUUUGACUUGGGGCACCUUGGAAAAAUAUUGAAAUAUUAAAGACACCUUGAAACUAAAAAGUUUGGAAACCACUGGUCUUACCAUUGAUUUAUAGAAAGAUGACAUUAUAUUUUCAUUCCAAGAAUUAAUGCCCCUUUUUAUACAUUACAAUACCUUACUGGCAUUAGCAUCUGCUGAUUGACAUUGCACAUUGUUGCAUAGUUUGUUGUCUACAACAAUUCCCAACUUUGGGAACUUUGCAGAAUUUGCAAAGACACUUGACUGCGACAUAACCGCUGGAGGUUGAUGGGGGGCUAACGUCACUGCUGAACUCUCUCGCAUCCUCCAUAGAUAAAGCCACUUCCCUGCAGCCAUCACUGAUGACAGCUGAGGGGAUUGACACUUCUAUACGGCAGUAGCUCGACCCAGAAUCUAGACGUGUUAGGCGUAGGAAAUCUAAAGAGACAAAGUAUUCCAUAUCUCUUGACUGAGUUAGAAUUUCAGUGAAAUUCCAACACGGUCAAUAUGAGUAUUUCAUCAAGAUUCUAUCUCAUUCUUCUAAUCAUUUUUCAGGGGAGUGUGACAGUGCUGCUUGAAAGAGACAUUCUAACUACCAUAACAAAUCCAGCCCAGCACUCAGUCUGUGCAGCAUACUCAUACAUGCUGUCCAAAUACUUGUAUGGAUAAAGAGGAAGUGAAACUCCUCACUAUUAUGUCACCCGCUAAGGGGGAGGGUUUGAGGUUCCUGAGAAUUCCAAAAGCCCACAAGGACUACACAGAUAGCCUAGAAGAGCCAUUACAUGACCACAUCAAUAAACUGUAGUAAGUCCCAUUUAAUGUCAGUUUUAGAGACAGGUAACUUGCAUCACUUCAGCUGCUACAAGACAUACCUAAAAUAAAUUGCCUAAAAAUGGCUGAUGAUAAUGAGUCAUAGUCCACAGCUUGGCAUAUUUCUUGUAGUCUGCUGUUUUCUAUGGAUUUAUUACUUUCUCUAAUCCUUACAUGACUAAGAUGUUUUUGUUUUUUAACCCAGCAUGGCACAUCUCAAGAAGAUUUCAUUCGCUGUAGCCAGGAGAAAAAUGUCAAAGAUGUCAUUUUUGAUGUUGCCAGUCAAGCGCAUGUUCAUCUGGAGCAUGUAAGUUAUUACUUACUGUUGUAGUUAAUAUGAAGACGUGCUGCUUUACUUGUCAUUUGUCCUUGAUGAGUAUUUGCAACCUUUCUUUUUUAUAACGGUUCAUUUUAACCUGGUGUAACAGUUUUUUCUUUUCAUAGCUUAUUAAAUUGCUUGCUUGCAAAGAAGGAAGUGUUACUUUUUGUUAAUCUAAAAAUUUUUUUAAGAUGCUUUUAAAAAAAUAAAUAAUAAUAAUAAACAAAACACAAAAAUGUACAUCAUUUUAACUUCAACUGCUUAUGCUGGCAAUAUGGCUACGAGCAAUAUAUUUGAAAUGUAACGGAUUAGAUAUCACGGGGUUCCCUGAGACUGGAAAGGCUAUCCGCUGUGGCAGUACAAAUGUGUGCGAGUUCUGCCACCUCUCUCCCCUCCCCUCUUCACUCGUCCCCCGAGUGUAUCCACCUCAUUAUUGACCUUCCACACUUCAGUUGCCAAAAUGAGUUUCAGCUCCUUCAGGAGCGCUUUAAUAUCUCCUUUGUUGGAGGGUAUUUCAUCCUCCUUAUUGUAGGAUUGUAGAGGCCUGCUGUUGGAAAGACAUUGGGAGCAUUUAUCUUGCGUUCCUCCGAGGACGGGGACUCCUUUACUGGCUCUGCCGCCAUCUUAAGUCUAGGGUCUCAGUAGGCCGCGGGCCAGGCAAUCCCCGAUUUAUCAUGAGAAGUCCGCUUUUUUUUUUUUUUUUGAAAGCACUUCCCCAUAGUUGUAUCAGUCAGGAAGCGUAUCUGUGCCAGAUAUCAACCUAGGAAUUCGUGCCCAAAAUCUGUAUUUUACAGGCUGCGGAACUCCAGUGUGCCUUUUUAUUAUUCUUCCUGUUCCUUUUUAGGUUGCGGACCUAUUUCUUGCUGAGGCUCCUACUUGAAUCCUUACACAUUCCAAAUAUAAUGAAAGCAUGUUUUAUUAAAAUUAUUUUUAGAUUUCUGCUCUAUUCACUCAAUAGUGCUUCUGGAUCUAAUUAUACCUGAGGGAAUGCUUCGGGAUCUAAUUAUAAAAUCAAUUUUUAUAAUUAUUAUUUAAAAUAAAAUUUGCUUUAUAAUUAUAACCCAGAGCAUGUUAAUUUUAGUGUUUGACUUCCAGUUACACAGGAUUCUAAAUUUUCCAAAUUGUAAAGAAAGACAAGUUUUAUUUACGGGACGAGAUGAUGACGUUUUGUUUGGUUAUACACAUAUGCUGGAGAUCCAUUUGGAACUUAAUUUAGAUGCUGGCGAUCAACUAUAAACUGAUAUCCAAUUUUUAAAAUUAUCCUGUCUUCUGCUUUGAAACUUUAGUUAAAUCCGUUCCAAAUGCCUUAUAUACAUAAUGUAUUGCAGAGAUACAUGAUGUGUUCUGUGUAUAUUUUUGAGCUGUACUCUCUUCUGUUCAAUUCCCACCAUGUUCUGUGCUUUGUGUAACACCCAACUGUAGUCCGCCCAUUGCGCCUCACAGUCUCAUGUAAAAUAUGCCCUGCUUCAGGAUGCUUUACCCACACAAAGUAAAUUUUCUGUGUGUUGCUGACCCACUGGCCUCAUUGCCGCAUGACCGUGCUAUUUGUGCAGAACACAAGGACCGCUGCCGGUGGGAAGUCUUUUCUGUUCUUCUUUCACCAUCAAUUCUUAGUCCCUUGUUAGUUGAUUCAUAGAUGCUAUGCUGAAGAUUUGACUGGCAGCUGGGAGAAAGGGCUAUACAUUUCCUAGCAAAACCGGUAGCACAAUGUAUAGCUAGCAUUUUAUGCUCUUUCAAAAAAGCCCUAGACAUGACAGAUGCUCUUUAAAGAUCCCUUUUUAAUGUUUAUUUUUAUUUAUUUAUUAAAAAAAGGUUGUCUCUAAGCAUAAGACAUCUUUAUGAUCUCUCUGUUAAAGGGACAUUGUAGUCACUAUAAGCAUUUCAUCUCUUUGAAUUGGUUAUAAUGCCUGGAGUGCCUGCCCUCCAUUCAGUGUUGCACCAUGUUCGUGCAGUAUGCCACAAAAUAAGAGUCCCUGGCCACCCACAGUCCGGCCCCUUCUGUAUGUGUAGCUAAGGCAGAGAUUACACACUUCCUUGUUGUCAUACCCAUUCAUACCGUCAGUUGGAACUCUGACAGGCUAAAAGCAGUCAGCUGACACUCUCAGCCAAUCACAGCUGCCCAUUGCUGCUCAGGGUAAUACUUCCUUAUUAGCCAAAGCAGCACAGAGGGGAUGGAUUGCCGGGGACUCUUGUUUAGCAUUAAAGCAUUAAAACUUUAAAAACUGUUUAAUGCUGAAAGAAAUUAUGGUACCAGAGGACUCCAGGCACUAUAACCAGUGUAAUGAGAUGAAGCAGAUACAGUGCCUACGGUGUCCCUUUAAUAUUUAAAUAUAAAAUCCUUUGCAAUCUGUGUUGUCACUGAAGUUGCACCCAGAUUUUAACCAUGUAUCGGACGAUUACUGAAGAGAUGCAACAGAACAAAGUUUCAGACAGCCAGAUGAUUGUGUUAAUGUACUUUGGACAGCCCAUCAUGAUUGCUCAUACUCUGCACCGUGAUGCAUUUUUACACCCGUUUACCUGCACUAUUGAACCAGAGUCCCCAACUGCUCAAUAUACCAAAAACAUGUAAAACCUUUUAAAUGCAGGUUUGCAGCAACCAUUUAUUCUAGCUUUGUGCUAAACUUUUUUUUUUUUUUUUUUUCAUGUGAUUAGUUUUUGGUGUUACCACCCAUUUUGAUUGUUUUAUGUCUUUAACCAUUUGAGAAUCAAAAUGAUGAAUAAUAGUUUGUGUUCUUAGAAAUCUCAAAAAUAGAGAGGUUCAAUGGACAUAGGGUAAUAUUUUGUAGAUUAAAACAACAAUAAAAAAGGCAGCACCACAUAAAAUAAGUCCAAUAAGAAAUAAAGAAUAAAGUCCAACUUAUGUGUCCUUACGAGUGGUCUUUACAACAGGAAGUGCAGUAGUGAGGUCUUCAUAAACUGUAUUGGUUCCACUUAUAUAGAAGACAAAAAGCAGAGAGAGGGACGACCAAUAGUGUAGUAUUUUAUAAUUCCAAUAAUGACGUACUUAGAAAUAAUAGUGGAGAACUCACAUUUGAUAGAGCUUAUAUCCAGCUCUAGGGUAAAAGCGCAUACAGCGGUUUAAUCCCCGCUUAUGGGAUGUACCGUGGGUAUCUCUCCGUCAGUGGUGUCCAACUCUCAAAUUAAAAAGAAGAAACAGCCGAUAGUGCUCACUGUAUAGUAGUCUUAAUAUAAGUAGAUAAAAACGUACUUACAAAUGAGGAGCAGACCAGCUGCUCUUGUGUGUCAGCGUAGGUGGAUAAAUCCCCACCUCAGGAUUUCUUGGGACAGGAGACUUCCAAGUGGAUUAAAAUCCAAAAAAGAAUAUAAAUAUAAAAUAGUAUAAUUGUAUAAUAAAUAAAAUACUAGGAAAUACUAAAAAGCCAGGAAAAAUAAGGAGUAUAUAAAAAUAAUAAAAGGAAUAAUUGGAGUAAAUAAAUGACCAAAAAUUGCUUUAAUAUUUAAAAUACACAAUAUAAAAUAUCCAUAACGCGUUUCGUCAACAGACUUUAUCAAAUGGAAUAACCUUAAAGUCUGUUGACGAAACGCGUUAUGGAUAUUUUAUAUUGUGUAUAAGCGGGGAUUAAACCGCUGUAUGCGGGUUGCGUGAUGACGUAGUGGUGGGCGGAGGUACGCACGCAUCCGGAGGCUGACUCUGUAAUGGAAGAGGAACGGCGUUCUCUUAGAUCGCACGAGGCAAGAUCGAAGCGCGAACGGCGCUAAGAAGACCGGCAUUAUAGCAAGGUCCGAGAGCGGCAAAUAUUUUGCAGUAUACCUCUGAUGCUGACAAUUAGCCGAAAUCUAUAAGAUCGUAUAUCUGCUCAUACCUGCUCAUACCUGCUCAUACGGAAUAAUUAAAAGGAAGUGCUGGGUGAAGUGAACAUUUGAUGCAAAGAGAAAUGAAGAUAAGCUAAGUACUCCCUUGUUUUUUUUUUUUUUUUCUUUUCUACAUUUGCUCUUUAGCUUAUGCUUAUGCUGUGAAAAGACUGAGAGAGGAAGAGGAUAAAUGAAGGAAAUAAGAAUACUGGAAACAGUCCGUAUUAGAUAAGAAGAAAAAAAAAGGGAAAAAGAAAGAAAAAAGAAAAGGAGAAGAAAGGGGUAAAAAAAGAAGAAAAAAUUAAUUAAAAACUAAUUAAAAAGAAAAAAUAUAUUAAACACUGAAAAAACCCUAAUUGAAGGGCAAAGGGAGGAAAAAAAAAAAAAAAACUAUGGCAACAAAAACAUCAAAAGCAGCCAUUAAGAAAGCAGCUAAACAGGACCAACAAACAGAAAAAAAUAAAAAUCCUUCAAGUUUUUUUUCACCUGGACAAAAAUCUAGUAUAGGAAAAAAUCAUGAUAGUUCAAAUGUAUACUCUUCAAAAAGCGAAGAAUCUAUUCAAAGUCCAUCUAGCCAAACAUCUAGCCAAACAGAAAACUACAUUACAACAGACUUUUUAAAACAAUGUCUAGAUGAGCAACUGGGGGCAAUAACUGCUGAACUUAAUAAAAAUACAGCAGAAACAAAAAAACAGUUGCAGGAAAUAUUUGAAAAACUAAAGCAAAGUGAAGAAAAAAUCACAGCUUUGGAAUUUGAGAGCAGAGCAUAUAAAGAACAAAAUAAGCAGCUGAACAAUCAAUUGAGACAAAUAGAGGGAAAAUUAGGAGACCUGGAGGAUCGCUCAAGAAGAAACAAUUUGAGAGUAAGAAAUGUUUCAGAGGCAGUUACACAAGACAAAAUACCUGAUUAUUUUGAUACCUUAUGGGCAACACUCAAUAUAGAUGUAUCAACUUUAAACACCAAAAUGGAGCGAUACCAUCGUAUAAAUAAACCCAGCUCGGUUCCUCAACAAAUACCGAGAGAUAUAAUAAUACAUUUUCAGUCUUAUCAAUUCAAAGAAACUAUAAUGUACGCAGCUCGAACAAAACAGCUCAAUAUAGAAAAGUUUGGUGACAUUAAGAUAUUUCAAGAUUUGUCUUUCUAUACUAGACAACAAAGAAAGAAUUUUCCAUGGCUACUACUUCAUUAAGAAGACUAAACAUAAAAUAUUCUUAGAUUUACCCCUGUAAAUUAAUGAUAAUUACAGAAGGAAUACGCGAGAUAUUUACGAUCCCAUCUCAGAUAGAACAAUGGAUAAAGAAGAAAGAGACUUUACAUAAUCAGAUAAGGAAGAAAGAGAGAGAGAGGAAAGGGGGAAGGAAGAAAAAAGGAAAAAAAGACAAGUAGAAGAGAGGGAGUGAGAGGCGACAGAGAAGGGGAAGAAGAAAAAGGAAGAAAAAAAAGAGAAGAAGGAAAAGAACUUGAAGAUUUAAAGUAUGGACAUGAGCGGAAGCUAAUUGGCUUGGAGAACUCUAGAGAGAAGGGGAGGAGAAAAGAAGAGAAAAAAUAAUUUUAUAAAGGAAGUUGAAACUACACGUUGAAGAUAUAGAGACCAAACUGUAAUUAAUGAAGAAGAAAUAAAUAGAGAUAAGCACUUUCAAGUUAAAAGAAAACACAUAUAUGUUAGUAAUGAAAUUCACAUAUAGGAAAUUUUAAAGGAAUUUAAUAUAAACUAGGUAUGUUACACCAAAUUUUAUGAGGAGUAAGGGUCAAAUUUAGAAUCACAAUAAAUUGCACGUUAGUUUUCCACAAGUAAUAGAAUUUUAAAAAUUUAGAUUUUUUUUUUUUGUAUCACUGAACAAUAAUAGGGGAAUACUAGUACAUUUAAAGAAUCACAAAACAAAUUUAAAAGGUUAACACAAAAUUAAUCUAUGGGAAGUGUGCACAAGAUGAAAAGAGUUGAAAUUUAGAGGUGUGAAAGGAAAAAAUAAGAAUAAGGGAAAUGAAAGGGAAAGAAAUUUUUUUCAUAUAAAUAGGAAAGAAUAAAGAUAUGAUUAUGCAUAUAGUAAUAGAGGGGGGUGAAGGAAGAAAAAAAGGGAAGAAGGGAAAAGGAUGAAUUAAGGGAAAGGUCACUAGGAAGUUUUUUUUUUUUUUUUUUUCUCUCCCCUUCUUUCUUCUUCUCUUCUUCUCUUUCUCGUAUUAGAGGAAGAGGAGGAGAGAAAAGUAGAAGUAUGGAUGCCAUACAGCAGAAGAGAAAGACGAAAUAGGGAAUGAUAAAGAAAAAUUUAGAUUAAGUUCCUUCAAAACGGGGUACAGCCUCCCCUGCCGGAACCUGAAAAGGUUAAAAGUGGGUAUUAAAACCCAUCAAGGAAAGUGUUUUUUGACUCUUUUUAGAGUCUUAGGAAUGUUAGGAAAUAGACCUCAAGUGCUUGUAGACUUGAGGCUGUUUUGUGUAUGUCUUGUAAUGGGUUUUGUUCUUCGUCUUUUUUUUUUUUUUUUUGUUCUCGGGAGUUCACUAGACGGUCCAAAAAGAGAGAGAGGGAAGGGGGAAGAAAAAAAAAGGAAGGAAUAACAAUAUAUGACAAUGGUUAAAUUAAUAACGUUAAAUAUUCAAGGCUUAAAUAUUCCUCAAAAAAGACUAGCCUUUCAAGAUUACCUAAAAAAAGAACAUGUUCAAAUUGCGAUGGUCCAAGAGACACAUUGGCGUAAACAGGAUGAAAAGAGAUGGACCAGUAGUUCUUUUCCUUUAAAAAUUUGUUCCUCUAGAGAGGAGGGGAAAAAGGGAGGAGUUGCAAUAUUUUUUGCAAAAGAUUUAAAAAUAAAUUUAAAAUUUUUGGAAAUAGAUUUGGAGGGAAGAUUCAUUAUAUUAAUAGCCACAAUUAAUGAGGAACUUUUUACACUAAUUAAUGUCUAUCUGCCUAAUAAAAACCCUAUAGGUCUAUUGAGAAAAAUAUUAAAUAAGGUUGAGACUAUAGGAGUUGGAUUAAAGAUAUAUGCAGGGGAUUUUAAUAGUAUUCAAGAUCCCCUACUAGAUAAGUUCUCGGAAAAACAAACUAUGUGGGACAAGCAAGUUUUAAAGAACGCAAGGAUUUUUAACAACUUGAUGAAAAAAGGUGGUCUAUAUGAUAUAUGGAGACUUAACAAUCCUGCAGGGAAAGAAUUUACGUUCUAUUCCUGGCCUCAUAAUUCAUAUUCGCGUAUAGACCUAAUAUUUGGAGAUCUAAAAUUAAUAGAUAAAACAGUUAAAAUAGAAAUUAAACCAGUAAUAUGGUCAGAUCAUGAUAGUGUGAGUUUGGAACUUAAUAAUAAUAGAGUAAAUUACAACAAGAAUAUAACUUGGAGGUUAGAUGAAUCACUAUUAUUAAGUAAGGAGCAUAAAGAUUAUAUAGAGAAAAUGAUUAUCUGUUAUUUUGAAGAGAAUAAUAAUGGAUCAGUGGAGAAUGAUAUUUUAUGGUGCUCAUUUAAAGCAGUAAUAAGGGGACACUGUAUAAUGCUCAACAAACUUAAGAAAAAAAAGAAGGUGCAAACAUACAAGAUCUUUAUAUGGAAUUAUAUAAAUUAAAUAAAAUUAAUAAUGAAAACCCAACCAAAGAUACUAAGUUAAAAAUAGAGAAAAUUAAAUCUGAAAUUCAGGAAAAAACAUAUGAAAAAAAAAAAAAAAUAUGUUCUAACUUAAAAUUAAAUAUUAUCACAAAUCUAAUAGAGCGGAUAAAAUAUUGUCCAAUUUGCUGGAAAAAAAAAAUAUGACCAAUAAGGUUGAUAAAAUAAUAACUAAUGAUAAUAUCUCCCUUCUACCAGAGCAGAUAGGGAAUGCAUUUAAUGAAUACUAUGCUAAUUUAUAUAGUCUUUCAGUAACUACUCCAUCAGAAAUAAUAAAAAAAUACAUCAAAUCAGCUAAACUGAAUAAAAUAACAGAAUCACAGAUAAAUAAUCUAAAUAAAGAGAUUAGGGAAGAAGAGAUCAAGAUAAUAAUAGAUAGAUUAGAAACUUGUAAAACGCCAGGUCCAGAUGGAUUUGGAAAUAAAUUCUACAAAAUUAUGCAACCUCACUUGAUUGAACAUUUAAAAAAUACUUUUAAUUCUGCAGUUAAAAAGGGCAGAUUCCCUGAGGAAAUGCUUAAAGCAAAUAUUUUACCCAUAUUGAAACCUGGGAAAGAUCCAACUAAAGUACAGAGUUAUCGUCCAAUAUCAUUAAUAAAUGUGGAUAUUAAGAUAUUUUCUUCUAUUAUAGCUAACAGAGUAAAAGAAGUCAUUAAACAAUUAAUUCACCCUGAUCAUAACAUGAGACGCGUGAUAAAUGCAUUAGAUUUCUCACAAAAGGAAAAAAGUCCCAUGCUGAUCCUGUCUUUAGAUGCUGAAAAAGCCUUUGACAGGGUCAGCUGGGAUUUUAUGAAGUUUACUUUAGAGGAAUUAGGUAUACAGGGUUGGUUGCUUAAUGCAAUUUUAGCUUUAUAUAAAGAUCCAAAGGCGAGAACUAUUGGCCCUGGUAUAUGUUCAGACUGGUUCAAAUUGAACAACGGGACCAGACAAGGCUGUCCUUUAUCCCCUUUAUUGUUUAUUUUAACUCUAGAGGUUCUAGCUAACAGAAUCAGAAAUAAUGAAAACAUCAAGGGAGUCAUAGCAAAACAGAAAGAAAUGAAAAUAUCCCUUUAUGCUGAAGAUACUAUUCUUUUUUUGAAUUCAUCAAUAUCAAUAUUAAAUACAAUGUCAGAAAUUGAUACAUAUAGUGCAGUAUCAAAUUAUAAAUUAAAUAAAACAAAAUCAACUGCCAUAUAUAUGAAUAUGCCAAAGCAAGAAAUAGAUUUUUAUCAAGAAACAUACGGCUUUAUUAAAGCUAAAAUGUUCUUGUAUUUGGGAAUUAAAAUUUGUAGAAACGUAGAAAGUAUCAUGCGAAUAAAUUUUAUGGAUCUCCUGAAAGAGACUAAUAAGAAUUUGAAAGAAUGGAGAAAAUUAGAAGUAUCUUGGGGAGGAAGAAUAAAUAUUUUGAAAUCAUAUGUUCUACCAAAAUGGAUAUGCAUGUUUAGAAUGCUUCCAUUAGAAAUCCCGAAUGCAUGGCUGACAAUGAUCAAUAAGGCUUUUUAUGAUUUUGUAUGGCGAGGAAAAAAACCUAGAGUUAAAAAUGGAGUAUUAGCAAGAGGAAUAAAGAAGGGAAGUCUAGGAUAUCCAAAUAUAAGAAAAUAUUAUGAAGCAGGAAUUAUUACGCAUGUUAUGGCUAGUCAAAUGAAACAAAAUAAAGAGGAAGUAUGGUGGUGGUUGGAACUAGAUUCUAGCCAAUUAAGAAACACUUUAGAAUUAGUCUGGGGUACAAAAAAAACGCAAUCUAUCCAGAUCAUACAUCUUAGGACAGAUUAUUCCUAUAUGGCAAAAAAUAAGGAAAAAAAUUGAUCUGGUAAAUAAGAUAUUUGACUUUCAAAAUUUAGAAAUAAUAGAAUUAAAUAUGGAGAGUAUCUCCUUAAAAUUAUGGAAAGAAAAAGGAAUAAAUAUUUUAGAGGACCUGAUUAAAGAAAAUAAAAUUAAAUCCUAUAAAAGGUUGGUUGAGGAAUUUAAGAUCUCUAACAAAGAUAUAUAUACUUAUUAUAGAGUAAAACAUUACUUGGAGAAAGUUGAAUUAGUAAAAGAAGGUAAGAUGUACGAUAUUCUAAAAACAAUCUUAUACCAGAAUAAGACAAAGCAACUGUUUUCUAGAUGUGUUAGAUUGUUGGAUCUAAUGGAUGAUUUCGUCCCGCCCAGUGCCAUUAAAAAAUGGAAUACUGAAUUAAAAACAAAUAUAGAAUUAUCUGAAUGGCUAUCUACGGCACAAAAAAUCAAUAAAUAUGUUCAUUCUUUUGUAUUGAUAGAAACACAUUUUAAGUUGGCUAACCAAUGGUAUAUGACGCCAACAAAAAUAGCUAAAUUCGAUGUAUCUAGGGACACAAAGUGUUGGAAAUGCAGAGAGGAAAAAGGAAACUAUAUUCAUAUGUGGUGGUCAUGUAAGCAAGUGAUUGUUGUAUGGCAGUGGGCUCAAUUCAUCAUUCAUACACUGUGCGGUGUUAAAAUGUCUUUAAAACCUGAAGUAAUGUUAUUAUAUUAUAAAUGGCCAAAAUUGAAUAAAAUAAAUCAAUUUCUAAUUAUCCAUUGUUUAAUGGCUUGUAAAAUAAUAAUAGCAAGAAAUUGGAAGGGAGAUACCCCUUUUAACAUCAAAUUAAUAAUAAUUCAGUUGGUUUACCAACUUAAAAUGGAGAAGGAUCAUUGCAAGUUCCUGAAGGAUGAUUUGAGCCUAUUGGGAUUGGGAGAAAAAAUUAUUACAAUUGUAAAAGGAUUGUCAUCUGAAAAAGUUAAAAAAGUUGGAAGUCAGUAGAACUCUUGUGGGGUGGGGGAUAGUUUUUUUAAAUUUAUUUAUUUAUUUUUUUGUCCUUUUAUGUUUGUUUUUAUGUGGAUGAAUGUAUUUUAAUACUCUUUUGUAAAAUGUAUUUAUGGUGGAAAAUCUGAUAAUAAAAAGAUUUAUAAAAAAAAAACGCUGUAUGCGCUUUUACCCUAGAGCUGGAUAUAAGCUCUAUCAAAUGUGAGUUCUCCACUAUUAUUUCUAAGUACGUCAUUAUUGGAAUUAUAAAAUACUACACUAUUGGUCGUCCCUCUCUCUGCUUUUUGUCUUCUAUAUAAGUGGAACCAAUACAGUUUAUGAAGACCUCACUACUGCACUUCCUGUUGUAAAGACCACUCACAAGGACACAUAAGUUGGACUUUAUUCUUUAUUUCUUAUUGGACUUAUUUUAUGUGGCGCUGCCUUUUUUAUUGUUGUUUUAACCUGUCUUGUUUUAAAAGAGUUUUGCUGCCUAUUAGUUAACUAGCGCUGUCUCUUUUUUUUAUAUUUUUUCUACUAAUAUUUUGUAGACCAACUCCGAAAGGGAACUUGAUUAUAAUUCUGUAUUCCUUUUUUAUGGAUUUCGUGACUUUUAGGAUUGUACGUUGUUUAAAUCGCCAACCGCUCAACAUAGCUGAUUGCUUUUUACAGCAUUUUCAUCUAAGAGUAUAAGAUAAUGCAACACAGGCAAAAUUUAUCUCUCGUAAAAAUAAUAAAUAAAAUCAAAGCUCGCACAAACGUUCAUAGCACUGUAUUUGCUAUGAUUAAAAGUAGUUUAAGCUCAGAGUAAUGUGCCUUGAUAAUAGUGCUGCAUUGCAUAUAUGCAGACUAACAUUGUGUUUUGUAAGGUAGUCUUGUGUUAUAGCCAAUACAAGGUGUGUGUGUGUGUGUAUAUAUAAAUAUAUAUUUUAUAAUGACUGAACAGGGUUUUAAUGUAAUUUGAUUAAUCUUUAAAGGAUACAGGUCAUACCUAUGAUAACAUCGCAUGUUGGCAAUGAAGCCAGCAUUUUGGCAUCACAGAGGAGGUUUGACCUGCUUGGGGAAGCAUCUCCAAGUAGGGCAAGUGAAGUAAUAGACCUGGCGGCGCACGGGAAGGGCAAAGGAUGGACCGGAGGUCUACUAUACAAGAGUAACACUCAUGAAACUGAGGAAGUGGCGUCUGGAUCAAAGGUCAGGUAGGUAUAUCUCAAAAUGUACAUCAAUACAUCAUGUAUCACCGUAAUAUAUGAUGUACUCGUGGUAUUUGGUGCCGAUUUGCAGAAAGUUAAAAAGCUGUUGACAGAUUCCCUUUAAUAUACAUUUUAAAAGAAAACUGCAUCACAUGGGGGAAAAAAGUUUAACAUAAUAUUAACAUUAUGUAAUCUUAUUGUUUUGUUCAAUCGUGAAUUUACAAAGAAGGGACCAUUCCCAUUUAUUGCAAAAACAAAAAAGGAAAUGUGGAAAGGUGCUACAUUUGUUGCUGUCCCCUCCAUAAUGACUUUAGCAGCAUUUAGAUAGGAGAGUGUAAGGUGACCGUGUUACAGUGUAUGGCAAAAUUAGCAGUCAUAUCCAUUCACCACACAAUCUCUUUACUUUGUACACAUUCAUGAGUUGUACAAGGUAAAGUCACAGACCUAGGCAAAGUGUUGGGAGGCCGUGAUAACCGUAAGGAAAGCAGUACCAACUUGCAGAUGCAAAGGGUUAACCACUGUAAUUGAGUAAGGAGCAGUGAACAAGGAGAAAAGUCAAAAAUGUGAAUAUUAAUUUUUUAUUUAUUUUUUUAUAUAAAUUUUCAGCAACUGAUGUUUUGUAUGUCAUUAUCACAUAUCCAGUAAACUCUGAAAAGUCAUUGUUUUUUAAAUUUACAUUGGUUAAAAACACCUGCAAAAGAAAAUGUGCAAAUAAAAUGUACUAAUUGCAUAAAUAUUCAAACUUUUUAGUCAAGCACCUCUUCCUCCACCCUCCCCAAAUUCAGAUUUUUUAUUUAUUUUUUAUUUAUGGGAAAUGUUAACAAGUCUCAUAAUCCUGAUAGGACCUGCAAUCUACAAUAUGCGUGUGUAUAUAUGUGUGUAUAUAAGUGUGUGUGUGUAUGACCUGUGUUUGAGGACUGGGGUGCAUCUCCGUGAGUUCCUGGGAAGCCCAUCUAAUAGUUUCUGGGGCUCUGGGGGCUUUCUUCGCCAUGGCAUGUUUUAGUUAGUAUUACUUCUAUGUCGACUGUCUUAAGAUUAAUGCCAUGCUGUUUUUCUGCUCAACAUUGUUUUCAAUUAUUUUUGAAAAUGUGCAGCAUUAAUGACACACUGCAGAUUUCUGAUGUCAAUCUUACUAAAAAUAAUGUGAUUCUACCACCUUGUAAACAUGCCUGCACUACAAAAAUAAAGAAUUAAAAAAAAAAAAAACUGGAGGGCAAUGCCUUCUAUUUCAUUAUGUCACUCCAUACAUUAUAGAGCGGUAUUAGCAUCAGGGAUAACGAGCUGGGAUUUAUAGCCCGGUUUGCUUUUUCAACAUGUCCUCUCCUCAUAUCCUUCUGCUCUUCCAGCUGGGCAGAAAAUGGUUUUCAAACCGGCCCAACUACUUUGGCCAGGAUUUCAUUCUAUGUACCUAACACCCUGGUAUAUCCUCUAUAUCUUCUUCCUCUAACACCCCAGCCUGAAAACCUUUUCCCGGUGUAGUACUGGAUUUUCAGGUACUGUCCUCCUAGACUUUAUUCCUAUCAAAGAUAUGGACAUUUAGCAUCAAACUUUCAUUUUAUUCUUAUAUCUGCAUUAACCUGAAAUUACAGCUUGCCAGUGAAAAGCAAAGUUUCCAUUUAAACAGACCCGUUUUUCAUAUUUCUUCAGUUAAUCUGAAUAUUUUGAGUAUUUUUAGCAGCAGGUGGUAAAGCGAUCUGAUCAUUAAAACAUUGGGUUAACUCUCAGAUUUUAUAUUAUCACAUUAUAUUCCCUGGCAGUAGAUGUAUCUAUUUGAUUUUUAGGUUGAUGUUCUAAUCUUGGUAUAUUUCAUAUAUUCACUUGUAUCAUUUGUUCAAGUCUUGUAUGCUUCUCCAAUCCAUUAUUUAUUUCAUGUACACACAAAACCAAAUUCUCUCACCUGUUUUGUUUCAUAAUUACAGCGAUGUUCCACUUGAAGCCGUGCAAGUCAAUGAUCAGCUCGCACAGUGUGACAUGUAGCUAAAAAAAUUAUUCUUACUCUUUAUAUUCAUGCAGGCACGCUCAUUCAAGAGAAAAGUUCAAGGAAAAGCAUUUGCUGCCUUUAAUAUCACAGUGAGUAUGUGAAGUCAAGAAUACAGCAUGUAAUGACACCGUGAUAUAUUUAUAUACAGACGUAUGGGGUAGGCCUGAAAUAAAAGAGGGCCAUCCCAUUGAAUUGUAAUAAAGGGGAGAGGUGGGAGGGAUGAACCUAGCGGUGACGGUUCUGUCUUGGGGUGCGGGGGGCCUGAGUUUUUAUAGCCGGGUAACCCCUCUCACAAUUACAGGCUACGCCUUCAUAUUUGUAGUCGGGGACAUAAGCUAUAAUGGUAACGUAAUAAUUAGAAGUAAGCACAAAUCGGUUGUGGUGUGCUGGAACCGACGUAUGGGGUAGGCCUGAAAUAAGAGGGCAAAAAUUGAUGUAUACAAAUAUCCUUCAUUACAUACAUGUUACAAAGCUAAACCUUUAAAUGCUAAUCUCAAUUCCUGUUCUGGUUGUGGUAUAUAACUCGUAUAUGCUGAUGAUUUCCAGCGUCCAAGUCUUUUAAUUAUAUGAGCAGGGACAUUGUGGCUUCUGAAUGUGUGACCAGAAAAGGCAGAGGGGUCAAGACCGAGUCUAAUGAAAACAGUUCGUGAAUUUGGUAUAUAGGGUGAAUUCCCUAUUGUAUACCCGAGAUUUAUUGGUAGAGAGGACCGAGCUGGCCAGAUAUCUGCUGUGUGUUAAGAGGCAUUCUAGUCCAGGCUGAGGUCUUGGUAUGAGACGGUGCUGACCGGACUGAUGUUGGCUGUAGGAUGGGCUCUGAAGAAAAACUGCAAAUUAGAUCGAGACAAUGCUACAGUGGCUGUAUUAAUGCGUCCUGGGAUGCAUAUACAAGUGAUGUGAAAUUGCAGCGUAGCCGAAUAGAGCAGAUUUAGUGUGGAAUGAGUGUAGAUCAUGGGUUUCGACCGUCCAGAAAUCUCUUAACCAGGAGUCGCCAAAGAUAGCUGCAAACCCUGUAUGGGGUGCGGCAUCGGUCCAUGUGACCGGGGAAGAGUCUGAGAAGGGCGGAAGAAACAUCGCUGUACUAACAUAAUUGCAAAAGGGUUUUCUGAAAUUGUGAAAGAAAUCUAAGCCACAUGUGUAGGUCUGCCUUAGUGUGUGCGUCUAGGGUUACGGUGCUUUUGUUAGUAUUUAGCAGAGAAAGAAGGCACAGCAAGCUAGAAAUAAAGGCCCGGCCCUGUGGAAUAAUUCUCUUAGCAACGUUUAUCGUGCCUAGUAAGGAUUGUAGGUCUGUCCUGGUACACGUGCCCUUAGCCAGAAAACCUUCCACCGACUCUGAUGAGCCGUACCUUCUCCAUGGGUAAACUGGCUUGUAGUGAGAUCGUGUCUAGGUGGAUUCCCAGGAAAGUUAGAUUAGUCGUAGGGCCUACAGUUUUCUCUUGCGACAGUGGAACCCCUAUUGCUGAGAAUAGAGCCAAUGUUUUAGUGGACUGAGGUAAUUCUAUAGUGAGAAAGUCGUCUAGAUAAUACAAGACUGAGGGGCAUUCAGCAAUGUUGAGGACCAGCCAAUAUAACUUGUCGGCAAAUAUGUCAAACAAUUUAGGACUACUUUUGGCCCCAAAAGUUAAACAAAUUGCAAAGUAGUACUUGUGUUUACACCGAAUGCCGUGCACAUGCCACAAGGAUGGAUGUAUGGGCAGGAGCUUGCAUGCAUUGGAAACGUCCAUUUUAUCUAACCAUGCUCCUACCCCAGCCUUUAGAAUGACAUGAAUAGCAUCAUCCACAGUGGCAUAUUGUAGUGAGAACUCUUCAGAUGGAAUUAAUGAGUUGAUGCUAGGUGUAGACAAAGAAUGUGAAGCCAAUAAAUCGUAAAUUAGCGGUUUUUUAUUUUUGAACUUCCCAGUGGCUAUAACUAUGGGAUUUGUAAGCCAGCUGGAAAAGGAGGGUUUAGAAAAUGGACCUAAUAUGAACCCGUUGUUCAACUCUUUUGUUAGUAGCAACUCUGUGAACCCAUUAACCAAGAAGGUGAUGAGAAGGAUGUGCCUGGAUGUAAUACACCAGGUUGUCGAUGCUAACUUCGGUUAGUCAUGGUUUCGGGUACAGACGGUUAGGACACACAGUUUUUGUGUGUGUCCUGAAACAAAUUGAGCAGACGUGCAACAAUCUGCACAAUCUAAAUCCACAACUGGCAGAAUAAAAGUUGCUGCAGAUUUGAGCUAUCCGUAGAUAUAUUAUGGGUCUACCCAAUUUGUCGUUAAGGCCUCUGUGUUCUGCAGUGUAAGAACCGAAGGAAGCACGACUAGUGGUAGGAAAGCUAGGAUGGUGAAGUGUGAGAUGGAGGCACACAAGACGGUUUUUGACCGGCAAAAUGGCUACAGAAUAAUUCUGUCUCAAGCCUACUCCAGUUGGUGUGGGUAUUAAAUUGGGUGAGGGAUGCCGCUGCUUUAGCUGAAAAAGAUUUGAUUGUCAUAAAACGAGAAACCACCGUACUUGUGUCCGAAGUCUACCAACUUGUGCAUAUAUAAAUCCAGCUCUUCCUUACGGUGAGGAGAAGUGGAGCAGAUUACGUCACAGUAAAGCCCAUAGGCAAGGACAAAUUCAGGUAUGGUAAGUUGUUGGUUGAGUCUGGGUCUCUGGCUUUUAAAACAAACGAAAGAUCACCAUUGCAGUAUGCUUUGUUCUCAACCACAUCAUGAGAGGCUAUAAGCAAUGAGACCAAGUUUAUGUCCUUGCCUUUCAAGAUAUCUUUGCGAAUGGUCAGGGGCACAAAGUAGGUGAUGUGAGUAGAAGUGAUCGGUAUUGGGUUUGUGGAGGUGUCGUUACCGUGAGAGGGAGCUGGAGUGGGGAUCUCUAAAGGUGGGAUGGCUGUCAACGGUUGAGGGGAUUCCAGUUUCUCCAGCCCAACACUGAUAGUGUUAAAUGAGGCAAGAAGGGAUGACAUUAAACCCUUGAUUUCCCUAUAGUUGUCGGGUGGAGGGACUACGCCCGGCUGGGGAGUACAGGUAUUGGUGAUAAAUAGUCUAUAGAGCCCUGCUAGUGCCAAGUGGCAAGAGAGGGUCUAACUCUGAGAAGGGCCGAGUUGGCUGGGGGCCACAAAUGCUGUGGUAGGGAUGUUGCUCUCUGUGACAGUAACAAGACCAAAUAUAUGUGGGUGUGACAUGGUAAGGCCCUAAUAACCGACAGUGGUUAAUAUGAGGCUCUAACUAUGCGUUUGAUCGAGGAACGUAUACUACCGACGAGGAUGGGUGUUGGCCUCACGGGAGUAGAUGAUUUAUAACCAGACAUGGGGCCAAAUGCAAGUAACAAACAGCCAGUUGACCAAACCAUAACCUAUAGCAGGAUGGGUGUAGGAUGUAAGAUUGGGCCUUAUGAGAUUGAAAGAAAGAUUCUGUUCAGACAAGGAUGAAUGCUUGCGAAUCUAAAAAGGAAAUGUGUAAGGUUAGGUUAUAUUUGGACCUAAUUCUACCUCCUUAUUGUGAGUAAAACUCACCUGUGUAAUGAUGUCCAUGAUUCGGCGGGAGUAGCUAGUAAUAGUUAUCUAAGGAUAAAACUAUAGUUACGCUCUAUCAAAAUAUUAAGUAUGGAAUGGCUACUAUUCAACCCUCAUUGAAAGUCAGGUUUAUUGUCAAGAUUUACAGACUUUCAAGUGGUUUCCCCAAAUUCAACUGAAAAUGCAACAUAUAACGACUUCUCCAGUCUCAAUAUUUUCUAACCCCUGGAUAGAAUUCCUCAUAACAGCACAAAUAUGCAAAACAUGUGUUGUUUCAAGCACACCUGAUGCAACUAACCAAGGGCUUAAUUAGUUGCACCAGGUGUGCUUGAGCUGGAACUGAAAUACCUGAACUGGCUAUGGGUUUGUUGGGAUUCAUGUUAAGUGCAUGUUAGAAAUAUGGCUAAAUCCAAAGAAUGGUCCACAAAGUUAAGAGAAGAGAUCAUCACUCUUCACAAAUAAAGAUCAGGAUACAAAAAGAUAGCUAAGGCACCGAAUGUUCCUAGAGAUACCGUUGGACGAAUAAUUCACAAGUUAAAAGAACAUUGGUGACGCUGCCUGGACGGAGCAGAAAAAGGAAGCUAUUAAUGGCUGCAACCAGAUUUCUGAGAAGACUCUGAUUAGAUCCAGUUUGAACUGUUCUGUGAAGCGAGUAGUACACAGCGUUGUAUGAGAUUUUCAGGUUCUUAGCAAUUUCUCGCAUGGAAUAGCCCUUAUUUCUAAAAACAAGAACAGACUGAUGGAUUUCAGAAGAAGGUUGUCCGUUUCCAGCCAUCUUAAACUUGUAAACUAACUUAAAAGUACUAAUGCUUCAGUGGCUCUUCUUGUCUAACAAAGUUUUAUUUCUUCUAUAUAUUGUUUCACAAUAGUUUUAUGCUGUACUAACAUAAUUGCAUAAGGGUUUUCUGGUGGUCAACUAGCCUUUUUAAAUGUUAAACUUUGAUUAGUAGACAGAACAUGCAAUUGGAACAGAGGACAUAUGGUUGCUGAUAAUGGGCCUCUGUACACCUAUGUAGAUAUCCUAUUAGAAAUCCGCUAUUUCCAGCUAAUCUAGUCAUUUACAACAUUAACAAUAUCUACACUGUAUUUCUGAUUCAUUUUGUUACUUUAAUGGGCAAAAAAUUAUUUUAUUUUGAAAACAAGCAAGGGACCCUCCAACUUUUCAAUACUAGUGUGUCUGUGUUUAUAGAUGUACUGGAUACCGCACUCGCCAGGGCUGGCCAGAUUUCACUUCCAAGCUAUGCAGAAUAAAUAACGGUUCAGGCCCUCCGGGACAACAGAAAUAGCAACUUCAUUGGGGCAAAAGCAUCAAAGUUUCGACCCUACUGGGACUGCUUCUUCUGUUAUUCCGGAGUGCCUGAACCGGUAUUUAUUCUGUGUUUUAUAUAUGAACUUGUGCAUGAUAUUCCAAUUAUCUGGUGGGUUUGCUAAAAAGACAAUAACACCAAAUAGAUUUCAUCUUGAAUGAUGUAGAUUUGGUGCAUAGACCGUAUCCCUGCAGUUUGACAAUGUAAAACAUUUCUGUUAUAAUGAAACUACAAUGCUUCCAUUUGGCCAUAAAUGUGUUUAUAGUGGCUAGAGGUGCUUUCUCUCUGAAGACUUAAUAAAAAGAUUAAAAAAAGUCUUCAACAUGUACUUACUUUUAACCUUACAUCGUCCCUUUAAUUCUAGAAAUGCAAUUCCUAAUAUUUUCUUUUUCCACUAGGUCGCCUUGGACAGUUAUCUGAAAAAACUUAGAAAAGCCGACUUUAAUAUUUUUCAUCCAAGCUUACAAAGGAAGAAUACAUUACUUCCAUUAUAUUUCUAUGUUCGAUCUUGGAAAAAAACUUAUUAAAAAUAUUUGUAAUUUGUA